AUGAGUCUCUCUCUCUCUCUCUCUCUCUCUCUCUCUUUCAUCCACUCUCUCUCUCCCUCUCUAUCUCUCUCUCUCUCUUUCAUCCACUCUCUCUCUCUCCCUCUCUCUCUCAUUCUCUCUCUCUUUCAUCCACUCUCUCUUCCACUCUUUCUCACUCUCUUCCCUUCCACUUCUACGCUUUCUCUCCCCUUUAUUUCACGCUAUGCUUAUCUCACUCCCUUUAUCUCUCUAACCUUAACCAAACUAAACAAAACAAAAAAAAAUGACAAAAAAAUUGAUCACCAUAUGUCGCAAUGUUUUCAAAUUGAUCUUCAAAUGACCCCAAUCCACAGAGAUCUGUUUACUCGCUUGACCAAUGGUUUGCCGCAUCACGUGAUACCAUUCGGCAUACUCGUUAGGCUAAGUUGGCAAACUGUGCAUCUGUUUACGCGCAUGCGUGUAGUGAAUUCCGCUUCGAACAAUUCCAGAUGGCCACAUCUAUUUCUUCUUAAAGCUGUUAAGAAUAGGGCAUCAUUGGAACGUAUGUGGAAAAAAUCUAUCUUCUGUCAGCCUCGAUUUCAUUCUUUUCCUUCAGCUUUCUUUUUGGUCGUUAAUUUCUUCUUUUUCUUUCUCUCCUUACUUAUUCUUAAACUUACCAUGUUCUUUUUUUUUUCUUGA